CAUUCCGCCGAUUCGCUUCCGCCGCGGAUAUUUCCUGCUGGACAACGAAAAAGGAAAACGAGUGUGACCAUCCGGCAGGAGAGACCACGGCAGUAUUUCUCGUCUCGUGUGACUUCAAGUCAUCAUAUCCUCAACUUAAUCCCUUACGAUCUGAGCGAUCGACGUGGGACUUCCUACCAGGUAGGAUGAAUUUGGAGGAAUAUCGCAAACAUGGCAAAGAAAUGGUGGAUUACAUCGCCGAUUACCUGGGCAACAUCCGUUCUCGGCGCGUGUACCCGGCGGUCUCGCCGGGGUACCUGAGGAACGUCCUACCGGCGUCGGCACCGGUGGACGGCGAGCCUUGGGAGGAUAUAUUCGCCGACAUCGAGAGAUGCAUCAUGCCGGGUGUGACGCAUUGGCAGAGCCCGCACAUGCACGCCUAUUUCCCGGCUCUGAAUUCACCCGCCAGUCUGCUGGGCGACAUGCUGGCCGACGCCAUAAACUGUCUGGGCUUCACGUGGGCUUCCAGUCCCGCGUGCACCGAAUUGGAGACGAUCGUUAUGAAUUGGCUCGGCAAGAUGAUCGGUCUGCCCGAGGAUUUCUUGCACCGACCGGGCGGCUCCGGCGGCGGUGGCGUUAUUCAAACAACAGCGUCGGAAGCCACGCUGGUGUGUUUGCUCGCGGCCAGGACCAGGGCGAUCAGGGAUGUGCAAGAAAACGAUCCGGAGCGCAUGGCGACCGAGAUCAACUCGCGGCUCGUCGCCUAUUGCUCAGAUCAGGCACAUUCAAGCGUGGAGAAGGCUGGACUCAUAGGACUGGUUCGAAUGCGAUACAUCGAGUCCGACGACGAUUUAAGCAUGAGGGGCGAGGCUUUACUCGAGGCAUUGACUCGCGAUCGAGCAGAGGGCCUUCUUCCCUUCUUCGUGUGUGCAACGCUAGGCACCACUGGUGCGUGUUCCUUCGAUAAUCUCAAAGAAAUCGCACCGAUAUGUCAAAAGAACGGUUUAUGGCUGCACAUCGACGCGGCGUACGCAGGCAGUGCGUUCGUAUGCCCCGAAUUUCGCGGUUGGCUUCAAGGAGUGGAGCUCGCGGACUCCAUCGCCUUCAAUCCCAGCAAGUGGCUCAUGGUCCAUUUCGAUUGCACAGCUAUGUGGGUGAAAAAUAGCCAAGCGCUGCACAGGACCUUUAAUGUAGAUCCGCUGUACUUGAAGCAUGAAAAUUCAGGUCUCGCGAUCGAUUAUAUGCAUUGGCAAAUCCCGCUGUCUAAGAGAUUCAGGGCGCUGAAACUGUGGUUCGUCAUCAGAAAUUACGGAAUUACUGGUUUGCAAAAGCAUAUCCGUGAGGGCGUGAGACUAGCGCAAAAAUUCGAAGCUCUGGUCUUGGCCGACGCACGCUUCGAAAUCCCCGCAGCUCGGCACCUCGGCAUGGUAGUUUUCCGUCUUCGAGGCGAGAAUACUUUAACGGAGCGCUUGCUAAAGAAGCUUAAUUCACGGGGUCGGCUUCAUUGCGUGCCAGCCGCUUUGCAUGGAAAAUACGUCAUUAGAUUCACGGUUACUUCUACGAACACGACGAACGAGGACAUACUGAGGGAUUGGGCGGAGAUACGAAAUAUCGCGAGUGAGAUGUUGGGUGAUAGUUCCGGAUCACCUGUACGGCCAAGAGUUCCCCUUGCAGAUACGCGACAGAAGAACGAAAAUUUCGGAUCGAGCUUGCUACUGGCAAAUUCGCCGAUGUCGCCGAAAAUCGUGAACGGCAGUUUCGCCGCUAUUUACGACGCGGCCGAGGUGUUCGAGGAGUGCAUGAAAACUUUUGGGAAAAUUCAUCUCGAGGCGAGAGACAGCCCGGCCAUGCGUCGUCGCAUUCGCGGUAUACUAAUGUCGGGCAAGCAAUUCUCUUUGGACUCUCGUAUGGAUCUCGUUCAGGGAUACGUUUGUAGCCGUCCACUGUCGGACCCCCCUUCCGAGUUACCGUUAAUGAAGGAGGAUGAAGAUUACGCCGGGACGUAUGAGUCAACGUCCGACAUUGAUAAAACGGAUGAUUUCGAUAACGACGAGUCGUUUGCUCAUGAGAAUCUGGAGGAGUCUGACAACUCCGAAGCUAUCAAGAGGAAGCCAUCCAUUUCGAAGACUGGCGCUACUAGUUACUCAGUGGUGAACGGAUCGAUCGUCAAUGUGGACGUCAAUGCGGAAAACAACAGCGACAACGCGAUAGCCAUCGCUGCUGCCGACAUAGGCAUCCCCAGAAGCGAAACUAUAGCCGCUAUUGGCCAUCGGCCUUAUACGGGCGAUCUGGAUUUCAUUCGGAUUUCCAAGGAGAAUUCGAUGAAAUGCAGGGAGAAGGAAGGGCAGGACGACAAUGGGGAAUUUUGUCGAAAGUGCGGUCACUACUCUAAACGUCAGUAAUAAUGAGCACCGCGUGUACGCUCCUCAUACAUUGACCGUACUCGAUGGAUCGUCACUUUCACACUCGUGAGAAUCCGAUGAUCCGAAAUAAUAGUUUUCGCGAUUAGACGUUGGUUCGCAUAUUAACCGCGAAUUAUAAAAUAAAUGCGUAUGCUUCGUUACGUUGCCUCGCCCUGGACGAUUCCUUCGAGAGAGGUCGCGGAUAAUGAGGAAUCGUAGGGAACAGAGUAACUUUCUCUCGCAGGAAUCUUUCAGUCGACCUCAAGGAACGUCUACGACAAUGCUUCUCUCAAUCAUUCUCGAUUGACGAUUGAAUGUUCUUAAGCAAACGAAGAAGUUGACGAAAAGAUCUCACAUGCAAGUAGAUGCAUAUAGUUUUAUUAUGUUGGUGAUGUUAAUUUUAUUUUAUCGUGUAUAAUUGAACUUUUUAUUCCUAAAGUUACUACGCAUAUAGUUAUAGAAAUUAGAACGUUGACUUUUAGCGCGAAUAUAUAUAUAUAUAUAUAUAAAAAGAAAAUAUGUAAGGAGCGAUGCCUGAGAAAGUAAUUGAUACGUUCAUAAGUGAUUGUUUCGUUUUCAACGUUCUCGCACGAUCUCCGUUAUUCGUUGGAAACAUGUAGUGGUCGCCAUGACGGAGGCGUAGAAUGCAACAUUUGCAGCAAACGUAUAAAAUCGAAUAAAUGCACAACAUGACAAAAUA